AAGGGCUGGGCUUUUGCCGGAAGUAGUCCCGCCCGGCACAAUUUCCAUGUAAGACUGGAGGCCGGCUGGGCUGGCGGGGGGCGGGAAAAAGCGGGACCAGGGAAGGGGAAGAAGGCGGCAACCCCUGCUUCUAUGGGCGUCGAGGGCUGCUAGCACCCGGCGGGAGGCGGCCACCUGGGUAUAAGCACAUUCGCCGCGGGACCGGGGCCGGGGACUGGGAGUCAGCCACCUGGAUGGGACCGGCAGUCGCCAACUCUCGUCCGUGGGACGACGACAGCCCCCUGGGCAGACUAUAGUCUCUUGGAGGUAAUGGACCUGGGAUUGUGGCAAUUUCACUCACCCAAUAAAGCAUCAAGCACAGAAUAAAACAUCUGAGUACAUCGGUAAAAGACUCGUCUCAGGGAAAUCUUGAUUUUGUGCUUUUGAACUUGAAUCAACAAUGAAGACCUGAUAUCUGGGAACAAAAGAACAACUUGGCUGCUGACUUUCUUAUCAGAAUUUUGAGUGAUUGUGUGAGCAGAAACAAGCUGCAAGGGACUUUGGUGUCACCCAGCUAUUGGAAGAAUGCACUACCCUGCGACUAUUUACUUAACUACUAUUCACAUGUAGAUCAUUUAGUUUUUCUGACCAUGUCUGUCUCUGAAAUAGUAAGUAGCAUUCCUAGAUUCUUUGUUGGGACUGAAGAGGGAGACGGAGAUGAGUUGGAUUCCACCAAAUCUGGAAGUUUUGAGCACUUCUAUGAACAUGGGGAUGAAGAAGAAGAUGAAGAUGAUUCUCCACCAGAAAGGCAGAUUGUGGUCGGAAUCUGUUCCAUGGCAAAAAAAUCCAGAUCAAAACCAAUGAAGGAAAUUCUUGAGCGUGUCUCCUUGUUUAAAUAUAUCACAGUAGUAAUAUUUGAAGAGGACGUGAUUUUAAAUGAACCCGUAGAAAACUGGCCACUGUGUGAUUGUCUCAUUUCUUUCCAUUCUAAAGGAUUUCCACUGGACAAAGCAGUUGCCUAUGCAAAACUCAGGAACCCAUUUGUGGUCAAUGACUUGAAUAUUCAGUAUCGCAUACAAGACAGGAGAGAAGUUUAUAGUAUUCUUCAGUCUGAAGGCAUUUUACUUCCUCGUUAUGCAAUUUUAAACCGUGAUCCAAAUAAUCCCCAAGAAUGUAAUCUAAUCGAAGGGGAUGAUCACGUGGAAGUAAAUGGAGAAGUUUUCCAAAAGCCAUUUGUAGAAAAACCCCUCAGUGCUGAGGAUCACAAUGUUUACAUUUAUUAUCCAACGUCUGCGGGAGGUGGAAGCCAAAGGCUCUUUAGGAAGAUUGGCAGUAGAAGUAGUGUUUACUCGCCAGAAAGCAGUGUGAGAAAAACCGGUUCUUACAUAUAUGAAGAGUUCAUGCCUACAGAUGGCACUGAUGUCAAGGUGUACACAGUCGGGCCAGAUUACGCCCACGCCGAAGCUCGGAAGUCCCCCGCCCUGGACGGCAAAGUGGAGCGGGACAGCGAAGGGAAGGAAGUCCGGUACCCUGUGAUCCUCAAUGCCAGGGAGAAGCUGAUUGCCUGGAAAGUCUGCCUCGCAUUCAAGCAAACGGUUUGUGGCUUUGAUUUGUUACGUGCCAAUGGACAGUCCUAUGUCUGUGAUGUCAAUGGCUUCAGUUUUGUGAAGAAUUCUAUGAAAUAUUAUGAUGACUGUGCAAAAAUACUUGGCAACAUUAUAAUGCGCGAGCUUGCUCCACAAUUUCAUAUCCCCUGGUCCAUACCACUGGAAGCAGAAGAUAUCCCGAUUGUGCCAACAACAUCUGGAACCAUGAUGGAACUUAGGUGUGUUAUAGCCGUUAUACGUCAUGGGGAUCGGACACCAAAACAGAAAAUGAAAAUGGAAGUUAGGCAUCAAAAAUUUUUUGAUCUUUUUGAAAAGUGUGAUGGAUAUAAAACUGGAAAAUUAAAAUUGAAAAAGCCAAAACAAUUACAGGAAGUAUUGGAUAUUGCUAGGCAACUUUUAAUAGACCUAGGACAGAACAAUGAUUCUGAAAUUGAAGAAAGUAAAUCAAAACUUGAACAAUUAAAAACUGUAUUGGAGAUGUAUGGGCAUUUUUCUGGAAUAAAUCGUAAAGUUCAACUGACCUACCUCCCUCAUGGCUGUCCUAAAACCUCCAGUGAGGAAGAAGACAACCGAAGAGAAGAGCCGUCUUUGCUUUUGGUUCUGAAGUGGGGAGGAGAACUAACUCCUGCAGGAAGGGUCCAGGCUGAAGAACUUGGCAGAGCUUUCAGGUGCAUGUACCCUGGAGGACAAGGUGACUAUGCAGGAUUUCCGGGUUGUGGUUUACUAAGAUUACAUAGUACCUACCGACAUGACCUCAAAAUAUAUGCCUCUGAUGAGGGGAGAGUCCAAAUGACUGCAGCUGCUUUUGCCAAGGGACUUUUGGCUUUAGAGGGUGAGCUUACCCCCAUUCUUGUCCAGAUGGUAAAAAGCGCAAACAUGAAUGGACUUUUGGAUAGUGAUAGUGAUUCCCUAAGCAGUUGCCAGCAUCGGGUGAAAGCCAGACUUCACGAAAUACUUCAGAAAGACAGAGAUUUCACUUCUGAAGACUAUGAAAAGCUUACUCCAUCUGGAAGCAAUUCUGUUAUCAAAUCAAUGCAGUUAAUUAAAAAUCCUGUGAAGACCUGUGACAAAGUUUACUCUUUGAUUCAGAGUUUGACGUCUCAAAUCAGACAAAAAAUGGAAGAUCCCACGUCCUCAGAUAUCCAGCUUUAUCAUAGUGAAACGUUAGAGCUAAUGCUACGUCGAUGGUCCAAGUUGGAAAAGGACUUUAAAACAAAGAAUGGAAAAUAUGACAUCAGUAAAAUCCCUGACAUUUAUGACUGUAUAAAAUAUGAUGUUCAGCAUAAUGGCUCUUUGAAAUUAGAAAAUACAAUGGAUUUGUACAGGCUUUCAAAAGCUUUAGCAGAUAUUGUUAUCCCUCAAGAAUACGGCAUAUCUAAAGUUGAAAAACUAGAGAUUGCCAAAGGCUAUUGCACGCCUUUAGUUAAGAAGAUUCGAUCGGACCUUCAGAGAACACAAGAUGAUGACACUGUAAAUAAGCUCCAUCCUCUGUAUUCCAGAGGCGUCAUGUCCCCGGAACGUCACGUGCGUACUCGAUUAUAUUUCACCAGUGAAAGUCACGUGCAUUCUUUACUCUCCAUCCUUCGCUACGGGGCCUUGUGUGAUGAAUCAAAAGAUGACCAGUGGAGGCGAGCUAUGGACUAUCUGAAUGUUGUCAGCGAGCUCAACUACAUGACUCAGAUUGUUAUCAUGCUCUAUGAGGAUCCAAACAAGGAUCUGUCCUCAGAAGAGCGUUUUCACGUUGAGUUACACUUUAGCCCAGGAGCCAAAGGCUGUGAAGAAGACAAAAAUUUACCAUCUGGGCAUGGUUAUAGACCUGCUUCGAGAGAGAAUGAAGAAAAAAAGAAAACUUCCAGAAGAACUGACUCCAUUGAGGAGUCAUUUAAACAUAAAAAGGAUGAGCCUGAAAAAUGUGCUUCAGUUUUUAAACCCAUGGUAUCAGAUCCAAUUCAUAUAUUCAAAAAAACUAAUGUUAUACGACCUAGGAAAGCUGAAGAAGAGAGCCCCCUGAGUGUGUCUAGCCCAGAGGGUACUGGUACCUGGCUGCAUUACACCAGUGGUGUGGGUACUGGGCGUCGAAGACGCAGAUCAGGGGAACAAAUCACCUCUUCCCCUGUCUCCCCUCAAUCACUGGCAUUCACAUCCAGUAUUUUUGGCUCAUGGCAACAGGUGGUCUCAGAAAAUGCUACUUUUUUGAGAAAAAGGGCCGUGGACCUGAAGCAGAACGCAGUAGGGCCUCCCUGUGCGAGCCUGUUUAGCCCCUCGGUGCUCGGGGGCUCUUCAAGCGCACCUAACCUACAGGACUAUGCUCGUACUCACCGUAGAAAGCUGACCGCUCCCGGCUGCACAGAUGACGCCACACGUGGUUCUGCUGUUAAAAGGUUUUCUAUCUCAUUUGCUCGACACCCAACCAAUGGCUUCGAGCUGUACUCCAUGGUGCCGUCCAUCUGCCCUCUAGAAACGCUUCACAACGCCUUGUCUCUAAAGCAAGUGGACGACUUCCUGGCUUCCAUCGCACUUCCGUCGAACGAGAAGAGAAUCCCGGCGGAUGAAUGUUAUUCUAGUUGCAGUUUACUUACACUUCCAAGAAGAAAAGUAUCUUUAAAUACCUACACGCCUGCAAAGAUCCUCCCAACACCGUCUUGCGACCUAACAAGUACUAAAGGAAGCAAAGAAGCCACCAGUCCAUCUAAAAAGACUUCAUCUAACAAAACAGAAGAUACAACUCAACAUAAGACUUCUCAGAAGAAAUGAAAUCUUUUUGAAACUGGAACCAGGUGCCCCCCUCCAAAAAAGAGACUAGUAAGGGGUUAAAAAUAGUAAACCUUUACUUCUCGAAGCCAUUCAUUUAAGUUCCUUGCUGUGUGCUACUUAUCCAUUUAAAUGUUUUUGGAGCUGCUGUAACACUUUGCAUAUAUUCAGGUAAAAGAGUCUUUUGUCAUUGCCUUUAUUUAAGACAGAUAUCCUGAAUGUUUAGCUAAUUUGUAUAUUUUUAAAGCUACACAAUUUUUUGAGUGUCUAUGUUUACUGUGUACCUGUAGUGGAGGAAGAAAGGUGGCGGGAGCAGCCCCGCCGAUAUGUAUAGUGGCUCUAAUAAUGUCACUAGACAGGAUGAUAUUACUGCCAUGAUGCAGUCCUCUAUUUUCAGAAGAUUACAAAUUGGCACUGAAAACCUUUUUGAGGUUGAAACAGCAGCUAGAAACCAUUGUUUAUUUAAAUACACUUCCAGAAAGCUCUCAUCGAAGUUGAACCUUUUACAUUAUGGAGGGUGUUGUUCAAGUGACUGCUUAUGCUGCAAUGCUUUGACAUCGGGAGUAUUGGAUGGUGAUAUUUCUAUUGUCCAUGCUUUAAAUUGUUUUUAAUGUGUAUGUGUAUGUUUGAGUUAAAUUCAAUAUUAUUUGAGGAUUAAUUUGCAUAGUUGCAUUUAAUAUUCUCUUAUACAAAAAUAUAUAAAUUACUUUGUAGAAAAACUUAUUAUAUAUUUAUAUUUUCUUAUAUGGAGUGCUUUUGUUUGUCAGAAAAUUGCCUAUUUCAUGUAUUGACAGGAAAGCAUCUCUUGGGUUUAAUUUUUUUAAGGGUAACUUUGCAAAUUUUCCAGGAAGAGAAAUUAUAAAUAAUAUGUACCUAUUCUCAAGUGAUAAUGAUCCUUUUCAACUUAAGUAAUUCGGUCCCCAAAUCAAGCAACAUUAUUAGAAUAAUUGGAUGUUCGGCUGUUCAGACUUAGGUUAGUCAUGUUUGUACCACCUUCAUUCUUUCUGUGAUUUUUUCUAGACAAUCUCAUUAUAAAAUGUCAAGCGUAAGCAUUUUAAAUGGGUGCUUUUAAAAUGAUUGGAUUUUUAGCAUCAUUGUCUGAGAUCAUUGUGCGUUGUAAUUUCAUCUGUGGCAUGAAGAACAAAGUCUUCAGAAUGAUCAUCCUCUCAUUCUUUUCACUGCCUCAUUUAUGAUGAGCCACUUAAGACUAUAAACCAAACAAGACAGCCUGAUACCAAGAAAUCUAUGUAUUACAAAGUAGGUAACUUCUCUUGGUAGAGCAUUAGGUUCAACUAAACAUUUAAGGAUAAGUAACUUUUGUUGAGUACUCUCCGUAUGAACAGAAUUUAUCUCACAGCAGAAACUGUACCAAUUGUCAAAUGAUCACAUAUGAAUGGCUUUUAGCAAAUAAGCAUAGUAAGUGCUAGUUCUAUAAAGGUACCAAAUACAAAGGAUACACAAACAUCUGACUUCGUACAUUUCACAUGAAUGUAUAUGUAUAAUGUAAGCAUUCUAAUGUACAUGUUAAAUUUCCUGUGUUUUAAAUGUACUUAUCAUUCCAUUAAAGUCUUCAUUUAAAAAAUAGUUGCCGAGCUUAAUAAAAAUGGCAGUUUCGAUGGGCACUGUCUGGGUAAUACUUGAA